AUGUUCCAAUGGCUCAAAAACAAACAGACGCAGGUCGUCCUGUUCUCAAGCACAGCCAUAGCUCUCUACGGCUACGACCAAGGCAUGAUGAGCUUGAUCAACACAAACUACAACUACCUCAGCACCAUGGGCAUCAGCGAAGAAGACCCCAUGGUCGGCAUCAUCGUCAGCGUCUACUACCUAGGUUGUGCCAUCGGUGCUAUCCUCGCCUCGAAGUUCGCUGAUCUCAAAGGCCGACGACCUGGUGUAUUUGUCUGUGUUGCAAUGGCCGCUCUGGGCAACUUGAUUAUGUUCUGUGCAGGCUGGGGUAUUCCAGAGGGAGCUCUGGCGACUAUGCUGGUGGGUAGGAUCGUGAUGGGUCUCGGUGUUGGUGGCUUGGAUGCAGUCGUGCCUGUGUAUACGUCUGAGCUUGCGGAAGAUGACGCCCGCGGAACUGCACUUGCACAGGAGUUCCAGGCGAAUAUUCUGGGGUUGAAUAUGGCUUUCAUCAUCAAUAUUGCUGUGACGCAUACUAUGGGCAAGUACCAUGAAUGGGCAUGGAGAACUCCUAUCGUCUGUGUGCAGAUAUUCCCCAUCUUGCUUGUCUCCGGUGCGACUUUGUUGCCUGAGACUCCAAGAUGGCUUGUUCUUCACGGAAAGGAUGAUAAAGCUAAGAAGUCAAUUGCGAGGGUCUUUGGACAGGAAGUAGUUGAUGAUCGGCUCAAUGAACUGCAAGAGGCACAUGAGCAAGAGGAGAAGGAUGGCAUGAUCAACCAAGCUCUGACAGGAUAUGGCGCUGUCUCAGUCUACGGUCCACAGAUCUUCGAACUCCUCGGCUUUGAAACAACAAAAGCCGAACUCAUCACUAUGGGCAACUACCUCUUCUACCUAGGCAUGAUGACCUUCGCCUGGAUCCUAAUCGACAGGAAAGGCCGCCGCUUCCUCCUCGUCCGCGGCGCAACCUGGCUCGCCAUCUCCUUCGCCGUCCUCUGCGUCCUCGGCGGUCUAGCCAUGAACAAAGAUAGAUUCAACAUCCCGCUCCUCGCAACCGGCAUCCCAGGAAUCAUCGUCCUCUACUUCGCCACCGCCAUCUUCGGCAUCGGCUGGCUUGUCCCACCCUGGCUCGUACCCACCGAGAUCUUCCCGUCCUCGGCUCGUGCUCAGGGCUCGGCGAUCUCAGUCGUGGUGUGGGGUCUUGCGAACUUCGCUGUCACGCUGUUGACGCCGAUUCUGUUUAAUAACCUGGAUUACUGGCUUUUCCUCAUCUUUGCGGCUACGAAUACUGUUGCUGGUGUUACGACUUAUCUCUAUUGUCCGGAGAGUGGUACUAGGACUUUCGAGGAGAAUCAGGAUUUCUUUAAGACUGCGGCUGAUGAAGGGAGCUGGAAUGUACUAAGGGUGGAUAAGGGCAAGUUUCGGGGUUUGCCCGAGAAGCAGGAUGAUGAGGAAGGGAAUGGGCAGGAUCAGCAGAAUGGGAAGAACAAUGACGAGAGAGAACCUUUGCUUGCGAGGUCAGGUUGA